AUGGAAUCUAUUCUAGAACAACAGCGGCGGUGCCAUGAAGAGAGAGAAAGACUUAUGGAAGCCAUGACCAGUGAAAUGCUGGCACAGAAGAAAACGAUGAGAGAACAAAUUAAUUCAGACCAUCGUCUAAAGAUUCUUCAUGAUAGAUAUGCAGAAGUGAGCAGAGAAUUGAAGGAGCUCUAUGAGGAUAAAGAUGGAGUUCGAAAAGAAGAAAUUCAGACCUUGGCUGGUCCAAAUGAAUACAUUGAGUUCAAGAAGAGGCUGAUAGCAAUAGAAAAUUUCUAUCGCAAGCAUCCAAAUGAGGUCAGCAUCCCAAUGUCUAUAGAGUUCGAUGAGCUGGCCAGACAGAGAGAAAAUCCUACAGAGGAGGCACAGAAUAUGGUGGAGUUUUCUGACGAGGAAGGCUAUGGCAAAUAUCUGGAUCUGCACAUGUGCUACGUGCAUUUCCUGAAUCUGAAGGGUAUUGAGAAAAUUGAUUACAUUUCAUACCUGUCUACAUUUGACCACCUGUAUGACAUCCCAAAAGACAGAAAGAAUGCUGCCUACAGAGACUACCUGGUGUUCUUGUUGGAUUAUCUGGGUGAAUACAUCUCUAAGAUAAAGCCAUUGACAGAUCUCCCUGAGGAAAUGGAGCAAGUGCAGGCAGAAUUUGAAAAAGUGUGGGCUGAAGGAAAUUUUCCAGGGUGGCCAAAAGAGACAUCAGGUGCCCUUACUCACUCUGGUGCCCAUCUGGACCUGUCUGCCUUUUCCUCAUGGGAGGAAUUGGCAUCUCUUGGGCUUGAUCGUCUGAAAUCUGCCCUGAUGGCCCUUGGUGUCAAAUGUGGGGGCACACUGGAAGAAAGAGCACAGCGCCUGUUCAGCACCAAGGGGAAAACCUUGGAUGAACUGGACCCAGCUCUGUUUGCCAAGUCUAAACCUGGCAAGACAACCAAAGUUGGCAAAACCAAGGAUUCAGAAAAACAGAAGGAAAUUGCUAUGUUGGAGGCUCAGGUAUACCGACUGUCUGAGAUGCUGAGCGAGCAGCGAGCUGCCACACGAGACAAUGUCCAGCGAAAACAGGCUCAGACUGGCGAGGAGAGGGAGGAGUCGGAUGAGGAGAAGUUCGAGGAGUCAGACUCUGAUGAAGACGCUGAUGAUACGCCUUACAAUCCUAAAGACUUGCCGCUGGGUUGGGAUGGAAAACCGAUCCCUUACUGGCUGUACAAACUCCAUGGACUUAACCUGACUUACACAUGUGAGAUUUGUGGCAACCACCCUUACAGAGGACCAAAGGCCUUCCAACGACAUUUUGCUGAGUCACGUCACGCCCUGGGAAUGAGAUGUCUAGGUAUCCCCAACACGGCACAUUUUGCCAACGUCACAUCUAUCGAGGAUGCUCUUGCAUUGUGGACAAGAAUCAAGUCAGGAAAAGAGGCUGAGAGAUGGAAGGCAGACACAGAGGAGGAAUAUGAAGAUUCACAAGGCAACAUCAUCAACAAGAAGAUGUACACACUGUUGAAGAAGGAGGGCAUUUUGUAA